AUGAAGAAAUGGACGCAAAAGCGCCUGCGUGCCAAAGGCAAAGAGCCUCGAACAUCGGCAGCGGGAUCGAGCUCGAAUCUUAACUCUGCAACUGCUCCCGGACCAUUGCUCCCGGUGCCGGAACCAGAGAGCCAGCUUCAACCACCAGCUGGGGCUCCUUUCCCCAGCUCUUCGUCAUCCGCAGUGUCUGGAGUGCCAUAUGGGCUGCUAUUGCUUUGUCGGGGAGUAGAGCCGAUAGUAGACAUAGUCGCAGUCCAUGGACUCAACGGCCACCGCGAGACAACCUGGACCGAUCAACAUGAUGUACUCUGGCUUCGAGAUCUGUUGCCAUCCAAGCUUCCAAACGCGCGCAUUUGGACCUGGGGUUACGACUCACGAACUCACACUAAGAGCCAUCGUGACCAUUUGACGAUCAAGAAGUUGUACGAUCAUGGUAGAGCGCUGGUACAGGAUCUCGACGGCGAGCGACGAGAUGAUGAUUCAUAUCGACGGCCAAUUAUCUUCAUCGCUCAUAGUCUGGGAGGAAUUGUUGUCAAGAGUGCACUACUUCACUCCGAUCGAGUGAGAAAAGGUCAUCUUGAAGAAGAGAGAUCCAUCAAGCUCUCUACCUACGGCAUCAUCUUCAUGGGUACUCCACACCAAGGCGGCCAGGGGGUGAAAGUUGGGGAAAUACUGCUCAACCUGGCGAAGGUACGGGGCAACACAAAUGAUAGUCUUCUUAAACACCUAGAGGAACACUCCGAGCCUCUACAACAACAGAAUUCCGACUUUGCAUCUAUCAGUCAAGACUUCAACAUAAAAUUUGCCUAUGAGACAUUGCCGACCCCUCUUGUUGGUGGAGCGGCCAAAGUAAUCGUUCCAAAAUGGUCCGCUGUGGUUCCUGGCACUCCAGAUGCUGCGGAGUUUGGUAUCAGUAAAGACCACAUUCAAAUGACAAAAUUUUCGAACAGCGACGACCAAGACUUCAGGAAGUUGUCUCGAAUGCUAGCGUCCAUGAUUCAGAAGGCACAAGCAAAGAUAGAGAGCAACUGGAAAUCAGAAGGGCGUCUAAAACAAGGCAGACAAGCGUACAAAGUGCCUUUCCACAUCCGAGGAGUCCCGAUCGUAGGGAAAUAUGUCGAGCGACAUUGGGAAAUGCAAUACAUGGAGGGAAAAUUGUUACCAAAAGAAGAAAGCAAGCAGCAAAAAAAACUCGUGCUUCAUGGUCUGGGAGGCAUUGGCAAGACACAGCUGUCUCUAGCUUAUGCAAGGAAACAUCAAACUGAUUACACUGCCGUAUUCUGGCUCAAUGGACAGGCUCGUGAAAGCCUUAAACAAAGUAUUGCAGGGAUUGCGAGCCGGUUGCCGAAAGACCAGAUGUCGGAAUUUGCCACGAGUUGCACCCAGCAAGGCAGCGAACAGCUGGAUAAACUUGUCGAGGAAGUCCUGGGAUGGUUCAGCAGGGAGGGUAACGGCAAAUGGCUACUGAUCUACGACAAUGUUGAUCGCGAUAGUUCUCACGAUCCAGAGGCUUUCGACAUUGUGGAUUUCCUGCCCGGAAGCGAUCACGGAGCAAUCAUCAUCACAACUCGUCAAUUACGACUCGGAACCUUAGGAGAUGAGAUGCCUGUCACCAAGAUGACAAUGGAGGAGGGACUGAAAGUCCUGGAGAAUCAAUCAGGAUCUACAUUGAUAGAUAACCCACAGGCAUCUGAACUUGUGAAUCGUGUAGGGGCCCUCCCACUGGCUCUUGCGCAAGCAGCCUCGUACAUGCGAGAGACAGGCACUAGCGUGACCGAAUACCUCGACUUCUACAAUACCGCUUGGGAUGAUCUCAUGAAACACGAGGCUCGUCCAGAAUCCUUGUUACGCGAAUAUGGGAAUCGCAGUGUCCAGACCACAUGGAAUAUUUCCUUUGAGUCCGUCAAGCGGAAAAAUGAAGAUGCCGCGAACAUGCUGCAAGUUUGGUCUUAUCUCGACAAUAGGGAUAUCUGGUUUGAGCUUUUCAACAACAAGAAAAACUCGGACCUAGAAGGGUGGUCAAGCCCACCGGAGUGGUUUCGCAGAGUUGUUCGCAACAAAUUGAGUUUCAAAGGGGUCGCUGGCACCCUUCUCGCUUACUCACUGAUUGAAGCAAGACAAGACUCUGAUUCCUAUGGGGUACAUCCGGUAGUCCAUGAAUGGUGCAGAAAGACAGUGACGACGGACAGGCAACACGAGUCAGCUUUUUUGGCGAUCACGUCCGUUGCGUUUGGGGUGCCAGAUGGAAAUGAAAGAGACUACUGGAGGACUCAGCGUCGUCUGCUACCGCAUGCAAAUCGAUUCUCUCAACAGUCGAUGGACAUGUUGGAAGAGGCCCUUGAGCCAGAGCAAGCGAAUGACCUUCAUACUGCGUUUCAUUUUCUAGGUGACCUCUAUGUGGAUAGCGGUUCACGGAUGCGGGUAGAGGCUGAGGCUCUGUAUAACCGCGCAAUGUCGGGCAGGGAAAAGUCUCUGGGCUCCCAUCACAUGAAUACAAUACAUACACUUAGCAACAUAGGUAGUUUGUACUAUGACCAGGGAAGGCUGGUAGACGCCGAGGUUAUGGGUAGGCGCGUGCUGGCCAAGAGAACAGAGGAAUUGGGUCCAGAUCACAAGACAACGAUGCGUUCAGUCUAUAAUCUCGCAAUUGUUCUCGAAGACCAAAAUAAGCUAGUUGAAGCAGAGGACUUGUACCAGCGGGUAUUGACGUGGCAUCAAAAGUCGCCGGAUCCAAUUCAUACCACAAAUCCCAACCUAUACAAUGCCUUGGGAGCUCUCUACCGCAAACAAGGCAAGCUGACAGAGUCCGAGGCCAGGUAUCUGCAAGCACUCGCUGGGUACGAGGCGGCACUAGAGUCAGAUCAUCCGUCCAGACUGCAAGCCAAUCAUAAUCUAGGGCUCCUAUACGUUGACCAAGAAAGGCUAGCAGAAGCUGAGGCUGCGUUUAAAGGGGUGUUAGAAGGCAGAAAGACAGUCUUUGGGCCGGAUCAUGAAAAAACACUGGACGUGAUGCGCAACCUAGGCUCCGUCUUUGAGAAGCAGGGAAGAUUGACGGAAGCUGAAGCCAUAUAUCGGCAGGCGUUGGCAGGACGUAUCAGGGUACUCGUCUUUGGGCCGGAUCAUGAAAAAACACUGGACGUAUCUAGCGCUAUCGUCUUUGAGAAGCAGGGGAAGCUUGCUGAGGCUGAGGCUUUAUACCUGCAGGCAGUAGAACCAUUCAAGCACGUCCCAGAUGAACAAAAGACUUCAGCAACUUUCGACUUCCUAAAUGAUCUAGGCUGUCUAUACGAAGAACAAGGGAGAUCAGCUGAGGCUGAGGUAAUGUAUCAGCAAGCUUUAACGGGAUAUCAGACGGUGCUGGGUCCAGAUCACGAAGAUACGUUACGUACACUCAACAACUUGAGAGAAUGCUGCGAGAAUCAGGGCAAGUUCGCUGAAGCUACACCUUUAUGUCUACAGGAACUAGAGCUUUAUGGACCAGACGCUCGGAAAAACGAAACGAUUCUCGACUUGUCAAACAAUCUAGGCUGUCUAUACGAAAAACAAGGGAGAUCAGCUGAGGCUGAGGUGAUGUAUCAGCAAGCUUUGACAGGAUAUCAGACGGUGCUGGGUCCAGAUCACGAAGAUACGUUGCGUACACUCAACAACUUGAGAGUAUGCUACGAGGGUCAGGGCAAGUUCGCUGAAGCUACACCUUUAUGUCUACAGGAACUAGAGCUUUAUGGACCAGACGCUCGGAAAAACGAAACGAUUUUCAAAUUGAUAGACAAUCUAGGUGUUCUUUAUCACAGACAACACAAAUUCGUUGAAGCUGAAGCAAUGUAUCAGCAAGCUUUAAACGGAUAUCAAACGGUGCUGGGUCCAGAUCACGAAGAUACGUUGCGUACACUCAACAACUUGAGAGAAUGCUACGAGGGUCAGGGCAAGCCUGACGUUGCUCUCCACAAGCAGCAUCACUCGCAGGCCUUCAACUCUACCACAACCACAAUGCCCUCCCCACGCACCCUCCUCAUAACAGGCGCAACCGGCAAACAAGGCGGCGCCCUCAUCACCUCCCUCCUCGCCUCCCCCUCCGCCUCCUCCUUCAACAUCCUCGCCCUAACGCGCAAAAAGACCUCUGCGGCCGCCAAAGCCCUAGCUGCCCGGUCGCCCAAGCUCACCUUGAUCGAAGGCAAUCUCGACGACCCCCGCGCUGUCUUCGCGUCGGCCCGUGAAUCUCUAACACCGAGCCAAGCACCCAUCUCUGGCGUCUUCAGCGUGCAAACGCCCAUGAGCGGAAACGAAGAGAAACAGGGCAAAGACCUCGUGGAUGCGGCGUUGGAGAAUGCGGUCGAGCAAUUCGUAUACAGCUCUGUCGAGCGGGGAGCCGGGAGUCCGGCGACAGAUGUGCCGCAUUUUGCGCACAAACAUCACAUUGAGGAGCAUCUCAUGGAGAAGAGCGAAGGGAGCAGGAUGGACUGGACGAUUCUGCGACCUGUAUGCUUCAUGGACAAUCUCACGCCAGACUUCCUCGGGAGGCUGUUCGCCACGGCUUGGAAACGCACACUGGAUCCGUCCGACAAGCCGAUUCAACUCAUCCACACGCCUGACAUUGGCGUCGUCGCCGCCGAAGCUUUUCUUCAUCCCGAGGAGUAUAGGAACCAGACGAUGAGUCUCGCAGGCGAUGAGAUCACUUACGCUGAAGCUGACGCUGUGUUCAAAGAGAAAGUUGGGAAGGAUAUGCCGGUGACGUUUGGGCCGCUGGUUGGAGCGGCGAUGUGGGCGGUUAAGGACUUGGGGCUUAUGUUCCGGUGGUUCAAGGAUGAGGGCUUCGCGACUCCUGUGGAGGAAUUGAAGAGGAGGUAUAGGAUGACGAGUUGGGCGGAGUAUGUGGAGGGGAAGAAGGGUGGUUUUAUUGCGAAGUGA